AUGGCCUUGUCCCAGGAUCCUGUGCCAGGGCGCAGCGCUCUCGUGCUAUAUGGCUCUGAAACAGGUAGCGCUCAGGACAUAGCUGAAGAACUUGGGCGCCUCACCGAGAGACUUCGCUUUGCUACGCGUGUCUUAGAAUUGAACAAUUGUAGCCUCAAUCAGCUACUCAAGCACACAAUCGUUCUAUUCGCUAUAUCGACCACCGGUCAAGGCGACUUACCAGCCAAUGCACAGUCGUUCUGGAAGUCUAUCCGGAGUGCUCGUCUGCGCCCAGGGUGCCUGCAAAAAGUCAACUUCGUGUCUUUUGGCCUGGGCGAUAGCUCGUAUCCCCAGUUCAACUGGGCACAUCGCAAAUUGUUUAACCGUCUAGUACAGCUUGGUGCAAUUCCAAUUUACGAUCGGGGAGAAUCUGAUGAGCAACAUCCAGAGGGCAUUGAUGGCUCUUUCCUACCGUGGUCCAUUGGCUUAUAUGAGCGCAUAUGCAACGAUUAUCCUCUGCCUGAGGGCGUCACCCCUAUACCAAAUAAUGUGCUCCUUCGACCAAAAUGGGAACUCCAGCUGCUAAAAGCAGAUCAAGCGACAAGCAUGUCUAUAAAUCCUCCUAUAAGUGGGAGACAGGCUUAUGAUGACCAGCCCGACGACAGUCUCCUGUCAAUACCUAGUGGGCUGGUAGCUAAAGUAGAGACAAAUGAGCGGGUGACAGCAACCUCUCAUUGGCAAGAUGUACGGCAUUUGACAUUGUCGACACCGCCAGUCAGCUACAGUCCGGGUGAUGUGCUGACUAUCUAUCCGAAAAACUUCCCUUCAGACGUCUCAAAUUUUCUCGAUAUCAUGAAAUGGACAUCGGUUGCAGACGAACCUCUUUGUUUCCACCCGACUAUGCAAAACCAUGCUGAAAGUCCUGAAUACCCGUCGCCCCCUGUCAAGAACAUAGAUACUUCGCGACCGCUGACCCUAAGGUUACUGCUCACAAACCAUCUAGAUAUCAUGGCAAUUCCCCGCCGAUCGUUCUUCGCCAUCCUUUCACAUUUCACAGAAGAUAACUUCCAGCACAAUCGCCUUUUGGAAUUCACCGACCCACAAUAUAUCGAUGAGCUCUAUGACUACACUACGCGACCGCGACGAAGCAUCUUGGAAGUACUUCAGGAAUUCGAGACCGUAAAGGUGCCGUGGCAGUCUGUAUGCAGUCUGGUCCCUACGAUUAGAGGCAGACAGUUCAGCAUAGCAAGCGGAGGCAAUCUGAAGCGGGGUCCAGCUAUUACAAAUAUUGAGCUGCUCAUCGCAAUCGUCAAGUAUCGUACGGUCAUAAAACGCGUCCGUCAAGGUGUCUGCACGCGGUACGUGGCAACGCUUCGCCCUGGAUCUAAAUUAAGCGUUACCCUGCAGCGAGGCAGCCUAAGUGUGAAGCGCGAGGAUUUGAACAAACCUGUCAUCAUGAUAGGUCCUGGUACAGGCAUUGCGCCCCUGCGGUCACUUGUUCACGAGCGCGACAUGUACCUGGACGAGGUGGACUCAGACAACAAAGGCCGCUUCAGCUCUUCCAGUAGAUCAAGGGAUAUCUUGUUUUUUGGAUGUCGAAACAGAGCAUCAGACUAUUUCUUCGAGCGAGAGUGGCAUUCGUUCUCACAAAAGCGUACACUAGAUAUAUUCACGGCCUUUUCGCGAGAUCAGAGACAGAAGGUUUACGUACAAGAUCUCAUACGCAAAUACGCCCAUCAGGUUUUCAGCGCAGUUGACACCAACGACGGCUUGGUCUACGUUUGCGGGUCGUCUGGUAAAAUGCCACAAGCAGUCCGUGAAGCAUUAAUAGAAGUAUUUCAACAAGAAGGUAGGUUUCAGCGCAAAGAAGCAGAGCUAUAUCUUGCAAACAUGGAGAAGACAGGUCGGUAUAAGCAAGAGACUUGGUAGAUGUCGAAAUAUAGUAUGCCACCAGUGGUUGCACUUUGGAAGCUCACGGGUUUGCAAUGCUCAUUACAAAUCUGGAUACCCCUUGAAAUGCGCCCUCUUGGAACAUCUGACUGGCACAAGUACUUCAUGGAGUCGUCGAUCAGAACACCGUGAUAGUGUGAGGCUCAGCAGGGCGGUGCUCAGCACUCUUGGUCAUUCACCGUGCAUAUUUAGUUGUUCAUACGUCAGGCGUUGUCCACUAUACACUCGGCUUGGUUAUUCCAGAUCUCUAGCA